CUAUGGGAAGCAUGCUGCAUGUCCCGCUCGAGAUGGGGGCUGAAAGGCGGCGGCUGCUGCUGCUGCUGUGAACGCUUUCAUUCAUUAUGGCCGCUGCUGCAAACCUCACGCUCUGCAGCAGCCAUCUCGCCCCUUUCCUGAUUCAUGGCUCUUUCAGACCUCAGCGCGCGUGUCGCCGACGCGGUGGUGGCCGACAUGGCGCCUCGCGUCGUGAACCCGUACCCGAACAAAGUGAUCCAUGCCGACAUCAGGAUCCAGUCGAUUGACGACGAGCUGGGCCAAGAUGGUUCGCUGGCGCCGGGCGAGGGGCGGCCGGUCGAAAGCGUGGCGAGCGCGGGCGAUGUCGACUACCAGGAGAAGGCGGCAGAGAUGCAGACGUGGUGGGCCGAGGCGAUUGCGCGCAACAUGGACCUGCCCGAGGGCUACUCGCAUGUCGCGGUGCUGAUUAUCAAGUGGGCGGACCAGCUGGACGAGCUCAAGACGGGCGAUGAGGCCCGCGAGCUCGACGCCCUCUUCCGCGACUCGUUCAACUACACGACGACCAUUGUCGAGCUGAACGUCGGCAAGAAGCCGCAGCACCAGCUCGACAGCUACGUCAGCGACUUCAUCUGCAGGCACGACGGCCCCGACAACCUCCUCAUUGUAUACUACACCGGCCACGGCGUCUUCAACGAGGCACGCAAAUGCCUCGAGCUCACGGGCAGCCUGGCCAGCAACGCGCUGCUGCACGACCGAGCGCUCGGCAGGAAUGCGCGCGCCACCUGGAACAAGGCCGAGGACCUGCUCCGCCACGAGGACGUCGAGGGCGACGUCCUGACCAUUCUCGACACGUGCUACUCGAGCAACUUUGUCAAGUCGACCAAGGACGGGCACAAGCGCUUCGAACUGCUGAGCGCGUGUGCCAUUGACCAGACGACCGAGGCGCCGGGCAAGAACUCGUAUACCCGCGCCCUCAUCGACGCGCUCAAGGAACUGCUCAACGAAGACGGCGAGGGCCCCAUCUCCACCUUUCGCCUGUACCAGCGCGUCAACAUGGAUCCCAGGCGCAAGGACACGCCCUCGCAGAUAUGGUCUCGCGGGAAGAGCGCCCACCACAGCGAGCAGCACAUCUUCCUGGCCCCGCUGAAGCUCGCCAAACCCCAUGCCUUGCACCCGCCAGGCUGGCGCUCCAAGCCCAAGGGCUAUCUGACGCUGCGGUUCGGCCUCCGCGACCCGACCUUGAACCAGCAGCAGAUUGAGUUUAUGACCAAGGCGCUUUCCAAGGCCUUUGCCAACAAGGCCCUCAUGGGCCUGCGCAAGAUUGAAUGGGUCGACAUGGAGUCUGCGCCGCCCAUUUCACAGUUUGAGCACAUUGCUUCGAUUGUGCGCGUCGUGGCGCAGUGGAAGAAGGCCGUUGUCAAGCGAAAGGAGGCACGACAAUCACAGCAGACAUCGCAAUCUUCACGAGGCCAUUCUGCAUUACCACAAAUACAUGUUGAACCAGCCAAUGCGUUGCACAAGCGCGCACGCGCAGAAGAAGACGCAAACGACCUGCCGCACGCGAAGCGAUCCUAUCUCGAUAUUUCGCAUCCUCCUCCCUCACCGCCAGUGUCGGAAUCUUCGCGCAUCGGCGAGGAUCUGUGAAUCAUGUGCUUCUGCUGCUUUUUGCUCAUUCCACUGUCUGGCUAUCUUUCUUCGCCUUCCGUGCAUUCCCCUUUUCACAUUCCACCGUCUACCUUUCUUUUUUUUUAUUUUU